UCAACAAGAUCACAUCUAUCCAGUCAACCCAAACCCCAACCAGCAAUCAUGAAGUGCAUCGCAGCUGUAGUCAUGGUGGCUUUCGCCGUUGUUGCUGAGUGUAGCGUUGUCCCACUGCCAGUGGUGUACUCUGCUCCUGAGACCACCGUUGUGCAGCAGAAUGUUGCCCCGAAAUAUGUUGUCCCAGCUCCGAUCACCUACGCCACUCAUGCCACCUCGUAUGCCGCUCCGGCCAUCUCUUAUGCUGCGCAAACCGUUUCCUAUGCCGCUCCAGCCAUUUCUUACGCUGCCCCGAUUGCCUACUCCGCCCCGACGGUCGUCGCUCAGCCAGCUGUUGCUGUCGUUGCCCAGAAGGAGGCUCGUUAUGUUGCCGCCACUCGUGGAGCUAUCCACGAGGCUCCUCUGGCAGGACAUGCCGUCAACCAGCAGUCCCUGAACGUCGAGCCUGCUCCAGGAACGCUGUAA